AUGCAUACAGGAGGAGAGACUUCAGCAUGCAAACCUUCAUCUGUUCGGCUUGCACCGUCAUUUUCAUUCCAUGCUGCUGGCCUUCAGAUGGCUGGACAGAUGCCCCAUUCACAUCAGUACAGUGACCGUCGCCAGCCAAACAUAAGUGACCAGCAGGUUUCUGCCUUAUCUUAUUCUGACCAGAUUCAGCAACCUCUCACUAACCAGGUGAUGCCUGAUAUUGUCAUGUUACAGAGGCGGAUGCCCCAAACCUUCCGAGACCCAGCAACUGCUCCACUGAGAAAACUCUCUGUUGACUUGAUCAAAACAUAUAAACAUAUUAAUGAGGUUUACUAUGCAAAAAAGAAGCGAAGGCACCAACAGGGCCAGGGAGACGAUUCCAGUCAUAAGAAAGAGCGGAAGGUUUACAAUGAUGGUUAUGACGACGAUAACUAUGAUUACAUUGUAAAAAACGGAGAGAAGUGGAUGGAUCGUUACGAAAUCGAUUCCUUAAUAGGCAAAGGUUCCUUUGGACAGGUUGUGAAGGCAUAUGAUCGCGUGGAGCAAGAGUGGGUGGCCAUUAAAAUCAUAAAGAACAAGAAGGCUUUUCUGAACCAAGCGCAGAUAGAAGUGCGGCUGCUUGAGCUCAUGAACAAACAUGACACGGAAAUGAAAUACUACAUAGUGCAUUUGAAACGCCACUUUAUGUUUCGAAACCAUCUCUGUUUAGUUUUUGAAAUGCUGUCCUACAACCUCUAUGACUUGUUGAGGAACACCAAUUUCCGCGGUGUCUCUCUGAACCUGACGCGGAAGUUUGCACAGCAGAUGUGCACCGCGCUGCUGUUCCUCGCGACUCCAGAACUUAGUAUCAUUCACUGUGACCUGAAGCCGGAGAACAUCCUCCUGUGCAACCCCAAGCGCAGCGCCAUCAAGAUUGUGGACUUCGGCAGUUCCUGUCAGUUGGGGCAGCGGAUAUACCAGUAUAUUCAGAGUCGCUUUUACCGGUCUCCAGAGGUGCUACUGGGAAUGCCUUACGACCUUGCUAUCGACAUGUGGUCCCUUGGGUGUAUUUUGGUUGAAAUGCACACUGGAGAACCUCUGUUCAGCGGAGCCAAUGAGGUAGAUCAGAUGAAUAAAAUAGUGGAAGUUCUGGGUAUUCCACCUGCUCAUAUUCUUGAUCAAGCACCAAAAGCAAGAAAGUUCUUCGAGAAGUUGCCAGAUGGCUCUUGGAACUUAAAGAAGACCAAAGAUGGAAAACGGGAGUAUAAACCACCAGCAACCCGCAAACUCCACAAUAUUCUCGGCGUGGAAACGGGAGGGCCUGGUGGCCGGCGGGCUGGCGAGUCGGGUCAUACGGUAGCUGACUACUUGAAGUUCAAAGACCUCAUUUUAAGGAUGCUGGAUUAUGACCCCAAAACGCGGAUUCAACCGUACUACGCCCUGCAGCACAGUUUCUUCAAGAAAACGGCGGACGAAGGCACCAACACCAGUAACAGCGUGUCCACGAGCCCCGCCAUGGAGCAGUCCCAGUCCUCGGGCACCACCUCCAGCACGUCGUCCAGCUCAGGUCUGUCCUCAGGCACAGGUGGGUCCUCGGGGACGAGCAACAGUGGGCGAGCCAGGUCGGACCCCACGCACCAGCAUCGGCACAGCGGCGGGCACUUCUCAGCCGCCGUGCAGGCCAUGGACUGUGAGACACACAGUCCCCAGGUGCGUCAGCAGUUCCCUGCUCCUCUCGGCUGGUCAGGCCCUGAAGCUCCUACACAGGUCACUGUCGAAACUCAUCCUGUUCAAGAAACGACCUUUCAUGUAGCCCCUCAACAGAAUGCAUUGCAUCAUCACCAUGGAAACAGUUCCCAUCACCACCACCACCACCACCACCACCACCACCACCAUGGACAACAAGCCUUGGGUAACCGGACCAGGCCAAGGGUCUACAAUUCUCCAACGAAUAGCUCCUCUACCCAGGAUUCUAUGGAGGUUGGCCAUAGUCACCACUCCAUGACAUCUCUGUCUUCCUCAACUACUUCUUCCUCCACCUCUUCCUCCUCUACUGGUAACCAAGGCAACCAGGCCUACCAGAACCGCCCAGUGGCUGCUAAUACCUUGGACUUUGGACAGAAUGGAGCUAUGGACGUUAAUUUAACCGUCUACUCCAAUCCCCGCCAAGAGACUGGCAUAGCUGGACAUCCAACAUACCAAUUUUCCGCUAACACAGGUCCUGCACAUUACAUGACUGAGGGACCUCUGACAAUGAGGCAGGGGGCCGACAGAGAAGAGUCCCCCAUGACAGGAGUUUGUGUGCAACAGAGUCCUGUAGCUAGCUCGUGA